AUGUCUUUCAACGAGGGAACUUACUACAUCUCCACCAAUAUCAGCGGCCACAAGGCCAUCGACAUCGAGGCAUCCGAGCCCAUGGGCCGCAUCAUCGAAUACCAAACCCACGGCGGCAAAAACCAACAGUGGCGUCUCACCCGCAUCACCCACGAGGAAUUCAGCAUCCAAAGCGUUGCUACCAGCACUUACAUCACGGCUCCCAGUAGGUCAUUCAUUCAGCACCAGAAAUCAGAAGCUGAAUGGCCCCAAAGACUGCUUCGAGCAAAACUCACUGACUUUGUUUCGUCUCCAACCUUAGAUGGCUCUGAUAUGACCGCCAGAGGCUCCAAGCUGGCCCCUGAGUGCAACAGCGUUGCCCGCUGGAAGGUUGUCAAGGCCAAAGGCGACGCCUAUUUCAUCCACAACGUGGCGUAUCCGAACAAGGUCCUCGACGUGUCUGGCAGCAACCAGGCGGACUUGACUCCCAUCCUCGUCUACACGUAUCACGGAGGCGCGAACCAGCAGUUUACCUUCAAGGAGAUGUAA